AUGAGUCUCCUUCAUUAUAACGAAGACACUGCCCAAAGCCCCGUGCAGCAUGCGUUUUACAAGACAUUUAACCUAUUACACGUUCCACUAGCUAUCCUUGCUGUGGCCGGUAGCCGGUACCAUCUUCGGUUCUCAACUCAGGGCUUCCGCCCGCGCCAAAUCCACUUCGCCGAGCGCGACCUCGGCGCCCACCACGACCAGCCUAACGGGUAUACCGGGCGGCACCUACGCCGUUACCACAGCCAAUGUUUACCUCCCCUUGCUGGCGGUGAUGCCUCCCUCAUGGCAGAGUUCCAGGCUAGCGUCGUCUCGUCGUCUGGCCAAAACACCGUGUAUGCCAUGAGCUGCACCGACGGUCCCUGCAAUCCCAUUGCUGGUGGCACCGGAACCCUCACGUUUACCGCUGGUCCCCAGACCUUUCACUAUAGUGGAGAGCUUAGCGGUGGAAUGACAAUGGAUUGGAGCUGCGAUCUCAACGGCUGUCCCACCGUGACCGCGGUCAAGUGUGUUACCACCAAGAUCUUGUCAGGCUCUACCACCGUUGACAUCUCGAGACCCACGGAGACUGGUUUCCUUCCUCUCUCCCUUGACCAGGAUGUUGCUGAGCCUGCGACCAUCACUUGCCCGAAGACGACGACGAAACCUCCCGCUAGCGCACCUACCGGCUCCGAUGACCAGACUUCGGGCGGUUCUUCCGGCGGCGAUGAGUCCUCGGAUAGUGACUCGGACUCAGGCUCUGGCUCCGGGUCUGAUUCUGGAAGUGGAAACGGGGGUUCCUCCUCAGGAGGUGACGGUGGCUCGGGUGCGGGAAGUUUCUGGCCUGACUACGCUGACGAUGAGGUCACUCACGAUCCUGACCCUCGCCUGCGUGGCCGGGUUCGCACAAGGUUUCUCUUGCCCGCCCUGCUAUACGGCCACGAGAAAAGGGGAUCCGAUUCCAUGCCCGGCAAACCUCCCGGCCUGCACUGGCCCCGCGUCUCCGCGGGUUCCUGCACCGUCACGGAGGAGGUUUGGGACACGACACUCAUCGAAAAUAUGUUCUGCCCGACCGUCACCCUGACACCCACUUGCCCGAGCGCGCUCCCCUGCAACGAGGUGCUCAACCCGACCGAGCCAUGGGACCAGUCGCACUGCCAUUUUCUCACGAUAACGCACACGGAUGCCGAAAGCUACGAUUUCUGUGCCACGACAGCUCCGUGCCAAACUCCACUACCGUCGGCGACACAUGAACGUUGCAGACAAUACAAAUGUCGGGCACCGACGGACGAGUGCGGACCGGAUCACUCUGAAGUGACACGAACGAUGGUAUCUGCGACGAUUACGCAGGGGUGCAAUGUCGAGGUGUAUACGGGUUAUGACCCGUGCCCGGUCUGCCCUAGCUGCACCGUGAAGGAUCAGGCGCCGACACCAACGCCAACGGGAAAAUGUCGGGGUAGACGUAGUAUCCCAGAGGAAUAG